CAGAGAGAGAUCCAUCCCCCUCUCGGAUGGUUAGGUUCCUCAUUCUGAAGCCCGCGGAUGAUGCUCGUGUUUACGCAGCGCUCGGCGUCUGACCGGUGGAUGUGAAUAUCAGUUUAUACGUCGCACAUACUGAUUCAUGAACAUCGCCAAAGGAUCCGCUGGAGAGACGUUCCGUUCCAGACUGCAGGUGGAUGUAUGGCGUUAUUAACAAUCACUUAAACCAAUCCCUCCUCAGACAUUGAUAUCUUCAUAUGCACGUGAAUCUUUUGCUUUUGAAAGGGCUUUCAGCGGGCGGGCACACACUGCGCCGUGCGUCUUAACGCAGGGCUGCUCUUUUGGACCCGUGCCACGGUUGUCUGUCUCCGUCCGUUCACCCAACCACACCUACCCGUUAUAUCCUCACCGAAUUGCAGCAGCAGCAGCAGCGUCCCCACACAGGAUCCCGACUGAUCCCGACGCGAAGGGGACAUUGUGUCUGAGUGAGCGGGUGGAAGAACGCGGAUCCACUGCGCUAUAAACGCCUGGUGCGCACCCGACCCGCUCAGAGACGCCCGUGUUUUACCGACAUGUCAGCCCGGUGCGCGUGAUCGCUUUGGAGGAGAGGCAGGUGAAAUUACCAGCUUUGUCCCGCAUCCUGCGCCAAGAAGAAACGCAUCACCUUGGGGAUUUAAACACACCGACAUCCAACUUACCAGCUCUGGUGUGUCGCUGCCAUGGCGACCCUGACCCCCUGCUUCUUACGGAUUUUUGCUGUCCUCCAAUUUGCUGCUUGCUCGUUUCCAGAGGAACCUGGCCCUUUAAUCUCCGCCCCUGCUGAGGUGGUGAGGCGAUAUCCAGUGUUUGUGGGCCGAGCGCAUCGCUCUUACACCCGUCAGGAGCCGCUGUACAUUCAGACCGUCCUGAAAGUCAAUCGUACACUCUACAUUGGAGCCAGAGAUGACCUUUAUCGAGUGGAACUGGACCAUGUAUCUGGAGAUGAAAUGUUCUACAGCAAGAAAAGGACGUGGGAAUCCAAUAAGAAUGACAUCCGCAUCUGUAGAAUGAAGGGCAAACAUGAGGAGGAGUGCCGUAAUUAUAUUAAGGUGCUGUUGAGCCAUGAUGGAGGGCUGUUCGUGUGCGGGACGAAUGCUUUCAACCCGCUGUGUGCCAAUUACACGAGAGACACUCUGGAAUUGGUCGGCGAGCCCAUCAGCGGAAUGGCCCGAUGUCCGUAUGAUCCCAAACACGCUAAUGUGGCUCUGUUUGCAGAGGGCAGCUUAUUCACAGGGACAGUAACUGACUUCCUGGCCAUCGACGCCGUCAUUUACCGCAGUCUUGGAGAGAGUCCUGCCCUGCGCACGAUCAAACAUGAUUCCAAAUGGUUCAGAGAGCCUUAUUUUGUGAGUGCCGUGGAAUGGGGACCUCAUAUCUACUUCUUCUUCAGGGAGAUGGCCAUGGAGUUCAACUACCUGGAGAAGGUGAUGGUGUCUCGCGUGGCACGCGUGUGUAAAGGUGAUUUGGGCGGCUCUCAGCGUGUGUUAGAGCGCCAGUGGACGUCGUUUCUAAAAGCUCGUCUGAACUGCUCAAUCCCUGGAGACUCGCACUUCUACUUCAACCUGCUGCAGUCCACCAGCCCCAUCAUACGCAUGCAGGGCAGAGACGUCAUACUGGGGGUCUUUUCAACACCCUCAAACAGCAUCCCCGGCUCGGCGGUGUGUGCGUUUGACAUGCAGCAGCUGGCACGUGUGUUUGAGGGCAGAUUCAAAGAGCAGAAAUCUCCAGAAUCCAUAUGGACACCAGUACCUGAUGAACUGGUGCCGAAACCCAGGCCUGGGGGAUGUGCUGUCCAGGGUUCGAGAUUCAGCUCCUCUAACGCCCUUCCGGACGAAGUGCUGAACUUCAUCAAAACUCAUCCUCUGAUGGACGAAGCAGUUCCUUUGCUUGGACACAGACCCUGGAUAGUCAAGACCAUGGUUCGGUACCAGUUGAACACUAUGGUGGUGGACACUGAGGCAGGCCCCCACCGCAAUCGAACUGUGGUGUUUCUUGGGUCCACCAGGGGAACCGUUCUCAAGUUCCUAAUCACACCCAGCCCAGAGAACCAGUACUCCAACACCAACACCUUUCUGGAAGAGCUGGAGGGCUACAACCCUGAAAGGUGCGGCGAUGACUCUGUACAGGCACGGCAGCCUCUCUCUCUGACCCUGGACAAACCCAGUCACACACUCCUGCUGGCCUUCCACUCCUGUGUGGUGAGAGUGCCCGUCGCACGCUGCCAACUGCACUCCAGAUGCAUGAAAAACUGCAUUGCGUCCAGAGAUCCAUACUGCGGCUGGACCAGAGGAAGUACCUGCUCACUUCUGCGGCCAGGCACCAGAUUACCUUUCGUGCAGGACGUUGAAUAUGGAAACACCUCACAUCUCGGAGACUGCGACGGUCUGUUACGUGAGAGUUUUAUGGAUGAGCCUGAAAGUCUUGUUACUUUGAACCUGCUGGUCGUUGCUGCAGUCUCUGCAUUCUCCACCGGGGCGGCACUCUCGGGUCUGGCAGUGUGCUGGAUUAUGGGCCAGAAACACCGUCACCGUUCGCAUAGCAACACUCCGUCGUCCAGUAGUCAGCGGAAGAGUGAGAAAGAGCGUUGCAUGAUGGGACAAAGCAGGAGCGGCUCCGUGAUGAGCGUAUCCCGGCACAGCGGCGCAGACCGGCCGCGCUCACAAGGUGAGACGCUCUUCGUCAUGCCCAAUGGUUGGGUCAAAGCGGGCGACUUGGAUCCAGGUCUACUUCCCACACCCGAGCAGACUCCUCUGCAGCAGAAACGUGGGCUACGCCUGUCUGAUUCUGGAUCCAGCUGGGACCAAAGUCAGACCUUCUUGAGCUCAGUUGGUACCCAGUGCCCACCUCCACCAUCCACCUUGUUUCUCAGCUCUAAACUCCUGCAAGGAAACGGCCGACGCCACGAGGAAGCCAUCGAAACCGGUAUCGACCGCCAACGCUACGUCUCCCUCUCCAAGUAUCGGGAUCAGGGAAUACGCCCAGGCACUCUUCUUCGCAAGUCAGCAGGCGAAUACAACUACCCCAUGACUCCCCAAGACUCCCCCGACCGGCGGAGAGUGGUGUCGGCCCCCAGCACCCAGAUAGAGUACAGCGGAGAGCCCCUUCGCUGGACCCACGAAGGCUACAUCUUCAGCAGUCACGGCAUACCUCCAACAGGCCACCACUACACCACGUCCUCGCAGCAUCCCGCGGGAUUGACGCGCACCGUGCUUCAUGGGUCCCGGGGGCUCAUCGACCUGGCGGACUUCAGUCACCUGCUCGGGAAGGGAGGAAGCGAUCGGACAACGACGGGCCAGUGAAUGACGAGAAGCAAGGUAGCAGGGAAUUGUAGAAACGUAAGCGGCUGAAACCUCCCGUGGACUGCAGAGCGCAACCUGGCCAACCACAGUAGCUCACUGUUACUCUCUCUCUCUGUCUUUCUUUAUGUCUUUUCUCACCUGCCCGUCAUCCUUUUCCUCAUUUGUCUGGAACGGCUUGCAUGAGGACGAGCCAAACCGGACCUCACUGACUACAAGAAGAGAGGCCAUUUCAACUGGAUAGACCUCUUUCUCUUCUUCUCUCUCACAAUUACACACAUGUAGGCUGAGACUUGCUUUUCCCAGUACAGUAGCUCUCAUUCUUGCUGACUGACUACGAGUGUGACUUAGCAAACCUUAUUGCCCCUUUAUCCGAUGGAGGAAAGAACCUUAGCCAUCUUGAAGACUAUCUAUCUCUGAAUAUGUUCACACCUAAACUCUCUUUAGCAGGUUACCCUUUCAGCAAAUUUGUAAGUUUGAUAUGACGGCAGCAUUUCAUUUGGGAAUUGGGACAAUUGUUCAAUACAGAAACAACCAAGAACCCAAUGAGUAAUGACUCGGUAAACAGUGGUCAAUCUCGUAUGAUUCUGGUCAAUACCAAACUGAGGAGGACAUCUUAUUUACAGAUUUGGACAGAUCAACUGGUCAGAAGGAACAGAACUUUCGCUUCGGAAUUACUGAUUUAUUAAAAAAAAUAUAACUUGUUGUAGCCCAUCAAAUUUACACUUUAUAAAAAAACGUAAAUAGCAGUGUUGUAGUACUUGAGUCUGGACAAGAGCAGAUUCAGACUCAAGUCCGAGCCCAAGACCGUAUAUUUAUGACUAGUCAAGACCAGGUCAUUUGAGGCGGAGUCCAAAUGCUCCCGAAAUGAUCUUGAAAUUUUUUUUUUAUUAUUAUUAAAUGGGAAAGUAAGGAGAAGCAGAUUAUAUAGAGGGCCACAUUGCCCCAAAUUAUCAGUCUCCAUCUACGAUACUUUUUCCAUUACAAACGCUUGUGUGAGACAUCAUUUCUUGUGGGCGGGGCCUCGUUCGCUUUGCGAGAUUUGCGGUACGCCAUUUGCUCUGAUGCAUCACUUUGACCAAAAUGUAUGGAUGUAUGGAUAGAAAAGAUUUUUCUUUUGUAUGCUUGGAAACUUGAGUGAGCUGAGGCAUUUACCUCAGUAUUACCUCGGCCCUGAGUUCAGACUUCACACGAGAGAGAGACGGAAAGAGAGAAAGCUUUGGUCGGGUGAGUUUCGUGGCCUCAACAACAUGAAUUUCUGUGUAGCUCUGUGAGUUUAAUCAGAGGACUCUCUGAGAAUUUACGAACACGCUGGAGUCCAAGUUUUUUGUCUUUUUGUUCGGUUUCUUCCUUUUUGUACAGUGGAUUUUUUACACAAUAUGUAACACGUAACAUGGAACACAGAACUGAGGUAAACACACCCGCUGUUUUCUAGAAGGACGCGAUUAGAGACGGAGAAAGAGAGACUCUGUCCUGAAGACUCUUGCUGUUUCGC